GCUCUCCUGCAGGCUGCGUGGCUCGCUGAGAACAAAACAGCGACGCUACAAACUUUAUACAUUGUUCCUUUCACGCGUUUAAACUUAAAGCGCCGCGCGCAAAUGGCUCAACCGUUUCCUCACACUUUAGGAUGUGAUACAGUUUUAACCUCGGAAAGCGGAUUUGUCUAAAUCGUGCCACAACCUCAAACAAAACAACGACGGGAACAAGUUGGAGCCGAGAUAAAGGAAUCCGGAUCCGCCUAUCAAGGUUCAAGUCAAGAUGUCUGUCAGUAACCACGAAAACAGGAAGUCUCGCUCUAGUUCCGGCUCCAUGAAUAUCCAACUCUUCCACAAGACGUCCCACGCGGACAGCUUACUAACUCAGCUCAACCUGUUACGCAAACGAAAAGUCUUCACAGACGUCAUCCUGAAGGCCGGAAACAGGUCCUUCCCCUGCCACCGGGCCGUCCUGGCCUCCUGUAGCCGAUAUUUUGAGGCCAUGUUUAGCGGCGGGCUUAGGGAGAGCCGUGACGCUGAAGUCAACUUCCACGACUCUCUACAUCCAGAGGUGCUUGAGCUCUUGCUCGACUACGCCUACUCGGCCAGAAUCAUCAUUAACGAAGAAAAUGCUGAGUCGCUUCUGGAAGCCGGAGACAUGCUUCAGUUUCACGACAUCAGGGACGCAGCGUCAGAAUUUCUAGAAAAGAACCUCCAUCAGUCAAACUGUUUGGGGAUGAUGCUGCUGUCAGACGCCCAUCAGUGCCAGAGACUGUUCGAGCUGUCAUGGAGGAUGUGUCUGGCAAACUUUGCAACGCUCUUUAGGACUGAGGACUUCCUCAGCCUACCCAGAGAUAAAGUCCAGGAGCUGAUCCUCAGUGAGGAGCUGGAGGUGGAGGACGAGAGCCUAGUGUACGAGGCAGUUAUCGACUGGGUCAAAGCCGACAUGGAGCACAGACACAGCGAGCUGCCUGAGCUGCUGCGAUGCGUCCGCUUGGCGCUGCUCCCUGAAACGUACCUGCUGAAGAAUGUUGCAUCAGAGGAGCUGGUGAUGUGUCAUAAAGUGGGCCGGGAGAUUGUUGAAGAUGCCGUACGGUGCAAAAUGAGGAUCCUGCAGAAUGAUGGUAUUGUGACAGGGUUCUGCGCCCGACCAAGGAAGGUUAGCCAGGCCCUGCUGCUGCUCGGAGGACAGACGUUCAUGUGUGAUAAAGUCUACAUGAUCGACAACAAGACGAAGGAGAUCACCCCCAAAACAGACAUCCCCAGCCCCAGGAAGGAGUGCAGCGCCUGCGCUAUUGGUUGCAAGGUUUAUGUUACCGGAGGACGUGGCUCUGAAAACGGAGCCUCCAAAGAUGUCUGGGUCUACGACACAUUACACGACGAAUGGUCCAAAGCGUCACCUAUGCUGGUUGCCAGAUUCGGACACGGGUCUGCAGAGCUCGACCACAUGCUUUAUGUUGUGGGAGGACACACUUCGCUUGCAGGAUCCUUCCCUGCAUCUCCAUCUGUGUCCCUCAAACAGGUGGAACAGUACGACCCUCAGACUAAUAAAUGGACCCUGGUGGCUCCGCUCAGGGAGGGGGUGAGCAAUGCUGCUGUUGUCGGUGCCAAAAACAAACUUUUCGCCUUCGGGGGCACCAGUGUAAACAGAGACAAAUACCCCAAAGUGCAGUGCUUUGACCCUUGCCAGAAUCGAUGGUCUGUGCCAGCUGCUUGUCCACAGCUGUGGCGUUACACCGCAGCGGCUGUGGUUGGUAACCACGUCGUGGUGAUCGGAGGUGACACCGAGUUCUCAGCCAGCUCUGCUUACCGGUUCAACAGCGAGACGUACCAGUGGUCAAAGUUUGGAGAUGUGACUGCAAAACGCAUCAGCUGCCAUGCAGUGGCGUCAGGAAAUAGACUAUAUGUGGUUGGAGGCUACUUUGGGGCUCAAAGGUGUAAGACACUAGACUGUUACGAUCCAUCAUCGGACUCUUGGGACAGCGUGACCAGUGUGCCCUACUCACUCAUUCCCACUGCCUUCGUCAGCACAUGGAAGUACCUCUCAGCGUAGAGAGAGACGCACUGACUGAGGUUUCUACGAUCAGCCGGGGUGUCUGGUAUGAGGGCAUGUGUCUCCCUUCACUGGCUGCACGUUUGUGUAUUCCUGCUGUGGCUCCAUCCAGCCUGAUGCACAUUAUCUUCAUCUGAAGGUCCUGGAGACAGCCCAGAGACUGGAAGUCUGCGAGCUGAUCUGUUUACUCGAACUUCUUGUGUAACUUUCCCAUGUAGCCACUUCGCCUGAGCUGGACUCGUUGCCAUGUAUACUGCAUAUAUAACAUGCAAAGCACAGACAGGAAGCAGACUGAUCGCCAAUGGAUGUGUGCUCUCCAAACUUAUCUCUCUCCUGGGGCGAAUCGACUUAUGUGACUGUAUCGGCCCUGCACUGCUCCGCUGACUCACUCCAUCAUCUCGCCAGUAGAUUACCAGUUUAACUCACUUUGUAAGGACUCAUUAGUGUCUUUCACUGACAUGUUUUUCUACAGUGAACUAAAAAAGAAAGUCAGCCGGUCCUUUUGUUGUGGUUUCUCUCCCCUCCUGACACUAGGCGUUUACUCAGGUGUAAUUUAUUUGGACUGCUGAUAGACUGAAUUAGACCUUUGCUAUGCCAGGCGCACGGGGAAGGAGAGAAGACAUUUGGGGAAGUGUAUGAUUUUGUGCACAGAAACAAUCUUCCUGUCUGUAUUUUUAGGCUUUGGACUUGGGCUUCCCUCAAUUUUGGUAAGCUAAAUCUGUAUCUUCCUCCUCGACUUAAAAUACACACUCGCAAGAGAGAAUGUGGCCCGUUACGGCUGAAGAAGAUACUUUUCUGUUUCAAGAAGUUAUUUCAAGCUUUGUCUUUUUUUGUGUGUGUCUCAGGGUUAUGUGUAGUUUUGCCUGAAUUUGUUCAAGGAAGGGUAACCUCUGUUUAUUUUUUUUUUGUGAAUGUACUAUUUUGUGAAAAGCAGUUUAACAGAACUCUUAUUUUAGACAUUCUUACAUUGUUUUGCCAAGUGUAAAUGUAUGAUUACGCUUAAUGGCAGUGGUCAUAUUCAAAACGUAAAUGUUGCCAAAACCUGAAUAACUAACCUUCGUGUCAUUCUGGAUUUAAAUAACAAAAGCUAAGUGUGUCCAAAGUAGUUGAGAAAUACUUUGUAGCUAUAUUAUUUUUUCAUUUCAUAUUUCAGGAUCUUUAAUGGAAGUCUUGCAUCUGUAUAGUUUGUAUAUUUGCUUUGUAAUGACCUUGUAGAAGCCUUUGAUUUGCACAUUUUGUACAAAGAAAUCUCUUACCGGUCUUAAUUUUGUAUCUUUGUCUUAACCCAGUGUGAAUAAUCAAAGCAUUUUUGUAGCAAUUUGUUUAUCUUUGAAUGAUUUUCAUUUGCUCUGUGUGCAAGUUUUCCAAUAUAUCAAAGUAUUUAACAAAUACACUGAUAUAUUAAGCUAUUACUGACACACCAUCUGUUACUUCAUGUUCUACAGCUAAUAACUCGUCAAUAAAUAUAUUGUUAAAAUAUA